GAGCGAUGCCAUGGCGCCGGACGAGGCCUUCGCCGGCUGCGAGGUGCGGUCGUGCUUGCCGAGACCGCGAUGUUAACCGGUUGAAUCAAUUGCGUUUAAACGAGUCGGCCCUCCGCUCUGGCAUCCUGGAGGGUGUGACAAAGAUUUUGUGAAACCAUGGCAAAUUGGUCUGAAUCUGAAGAUCUAAGUAAGUCAUUAGUUUUUCGUCUGCAUGAAGGCACUCCUGAAAUCAUCCGGGAUGUCCUCCUUGAGCGUGGUUGGGUGGAAUUCGAUGAAAAAGUGCAAGAUAAGCAUGACUGGAAUCUUUACUGGCGACCUGGUUUUUCUAAUGCCGAAUAUGAGAACAUCAUGCCUUGGCAAAGACUGGUGCACUACCCUAACAGCAUGGGCAUUACUCGAAAGGACAAUCUUGCUCGUAAUUUGAAGCGUAUGUUAGGAAUUUAUGGACCUAAUAUAUAUAACUUCAGCCCUGUAGCUUUCAUCCUUCCCAAUAACUACACCAAAUUUGUUGCUGAAUAUACAAAGGACAAAAAGGCUAAUGGAGGAAAGCCAGGAUACUGGAUCUGCAAGCCUGUGGAUCUCUCGCGUGGCAGAGGAAUAUUUAUAUUUCAAGAUAUCAAAGACCUGACAUACAGUGGUUCUGUUAUAGUGCAGAAAUACAUCACCAAUCCCCUUCUCAUCUCUGGUUAUAAAUUUGAUUUGCGAAUCUAUGUUUGUGUCACCAGUUUCUCGCCAUUGACAGUUUAUAUUUACCAAGAAGGUUUGGUGAGGUUUGGGACAGAAAAAUAUAAUCUCUCAUCUCUAGACAACAUAUAUGCUCAUUUAACAAAUACUAGCAUCAAUAGAUUUGGACCCUCUUAUACAAUGGAUAAAGAACGUGUUGGUUCAGGUUGUAAAUGGACAAUGAGCCAAUUCCGUGCUUUUUUGCACAGCAUGAAUAUAAAUGAACCACUAAUGUGGCAGAGGAUAAGCAAUAUUGUAACAAUGACACUGCUUACAAUCAGUCCUUCCAUUCCAUCCCCUCCUAACUGUCUUGAACUGUUUGGUUUUGAUAUCCUGAUAGAUGAUAACAUAAAGCCAUGGCUUUUAGAAGUAAAUUAUAGCCCAGCACUAAUGAUAGAGUGCAAUGCUGAUGUGGUAGUGAAGAAGGAACUAUUAUACGACCUCAUUGAUUUGCUGAACUACAAAGAGAUAGACACAUUACGCCAGAAAGGUUACCCAAGGUCAUGGCAAUAUAAUACCUUGUCUCGUAGCUAUCCUUCCUUUUGCAUAAUUAACUCUCACAGAAAUCUUCAUUCCAGCACAUCUAAAAGAAGAAAAGGGCCUUUGAAAGAAACUUGGUCUUCCAGCAUGCACAACCAUUCACUGCUACUCUGCCGCAAAAGUUGUAGUCAUUCUGUUGUGUGCAAUGAAAGUUCUGCCAGUGAAGACCCACUAGUGGACUCUACCAAACCAGAAGUGGAAAACAAAUCCCCCCAGAGCAGCAAACUGCACCUCUCCACUGAAGGAUGCAUCAGAAAGGUGCAUGGUUCCAGGGGUGGGGGAUCUGCCCAUUGUUCAGAAACCAAGGAAAGCAGAAAGCUCACCAGACAACUGCCAAAGAAGACCUUGACCUCACAGUUGAGAGAAAGUUUGAAUAAAAGAUUGAAUUUCCCACUUAGUACACGAAGUACUAUUGACAGGUCAAGGUUGCUGGAAGUACAUAAUGCACUGCCUGAUCAGAAUUUUCGUAAAGUGAGUCUGCGGCUUCCUACCUCUACGUUGAAGUAUGAUUUGCCACCUUUCCCACAGUACAGCAUUUCAGAUUAUGACAAGAAGCCCAUAACUCGCAUAGGUGACUUCAUCCUGACAUUCCCAUUCAAUGAAGUGACUCUGAAGGCAUCUCAGGACCCCUUAAACAUGAGGGUAAUAAUACAGGAACUGCAGAAGUUGCUGAAGAGACAGAUGUUCAGGGAAACUAAGAACUCAAAAACAAAGUCUGAACCCCAUCCUGGGAACUUCUUUAAUAGAAGAGAGCACUUUGACCCUCUUUUGUGGGGACCACGCCAUCCUCCAUUGCUCAGUGAAUACUUCUCUGAAAGCUAAAUACUUGAACAUAUGCAUUACUCUGGUUGAGUCAAUUCUAGGAUACUGAGAUACAUCCUAGUAUGUGCCUAUGCAUCCUAUGUAUCAUCUAUACAAAUAGAAAUAGAUUAUAGUUUGGAGAUUUUCCUAUGGCUUUUUUAAAAAUGGAAAAUAAAUAUUUAUUGGUCUGAUUUAUUUAAGACAACUGUCAAGCAAUUCAAAACUCACUUUAUUUCCAGCAGUAUUUUUUGCCAGUGAUUGGAAUAAAGAAAUGAUUGUAUUUGAAUAGACUAUGUUCUGCAUAUCCAUCAUGUGGCCAGGAAGUGAUAGGACCUUAAUAAAACCAGCUGUUUACAGAGUUAUGAUGCAACAUGGUUUGUGGACAUUUUUUUUAUAGUGUAGUUCUUGAAAUCCUAUGCUGGAGGAAACUUUAAAUAAUGAACUUUUAAAAUCCUUUUCACUGAGUUAUUUAACUUUGACAGAUCACUUGCCUCAAUUAUCAGCACUGACUCCGAGUGAUUAAUUGACUUUAAUAAAAAAUAUGCAUUUGAUUUGUGUCAAAUACAUUUUACUUUUCUACAACUACAGCAAACAUUGAAAAAUUAAUGUAAUCCCUGAAUAAAAUUCAUGUUCAUAUUCAAAAUGCUGUAUUAUGGAAUCACUUUUCAUAUGAAUUGUUGACUUUUUUAAACUGUGUAGUUCAUUCACUGUUUUGCAGGAUGCUUAUGUACGUUAAAGGGUCUCACUGGACUUCCCUCAUAAGUCACUUUCUAUUCAACUGCUUGGCACUGACACUAUAUGAAUCAUAUGUGCUAAGAUUAUAAUGAAUUGGAUGCAAUUUACAGUACUGUACUGUAUUUUUAGUUAAAGUUGAGAAUUAUAAUACUCCGUUGUAUUCUGUAAAGGGACCUUAAUAAUAUUUUUAUUCAUUGUCUUUCGGGUUUACCUGUCAGUCUUCUGUUUAUAUCUAUUCUGAUAUUAAUCUGAACAUGCCAAGCUAUCUACCCAAAACAGAAGUAUGGGAAAAUGCUUCCAAUCACAAGUACAAUGAGUUCUCUUUGUCCCUUAUCUGUUUCUGUUGGUUUACUUCAAAUGAUGCAACCUAAAACCUUUAAUUGGAAUUCUAACUGUAAAUUAUAUAUACACUAACAUACAUUCUCUAAUUUAACUGCUGAUAAAUAAACUAUAUUAAUA